GGAGGGAAUAAUACAUGGAUUACCCUACCUGGAUGUUGAAGGCAUAGAAUUAAGUACAUCACUAGUAGAUCACUAAUCAGGAAUAACAAAAAUGAAACUGUUCAAAGUUUUCCCACUUCUUCUUUCAACUUUUUUCUUAACUGUCUAGCAUCAACCUUUUUUCCCUUUCUCCCUGGAAAGAUUAAAGCAAUCUUGAAGCAUUUGAAGAUAGGAACAUUGGAUUACGUACAUAAGAAAGCAAACUCUCUAUUUUCACAACACAGAAUUUCGCCUUUACAAUGAAAGGAAAGAUAGUAGAUUCAGAAGUUAAGCGUCAUCAACAUCAACACCACGACGAAGAGAUGGAAGAAGAAGAAGAAGAAAGGAGGCGAGGUUGUCGGCCGAUAGCAUACAUACUUGGAUUCCCUUUUGCUGUCUCUGCUUUCCUUCUAUCUCUUGCUGCUGGUAUUGUUUGGAUUCUUGGGUCAUUAUUGAGUUACGUGUGCCCAUGUCUGACCUGCUGUUCAGAUCUUGCAAACAAAGCUAUGGACAUUAUAAGGCUUCCUAUUGAUGUAUUCAUAUGGUUUGUUGAUAAAAUUCCCUGCUGAAUCUGAUUUCAUACUUUUCGAUUCCAGAUUUCCAGUGUUUGACUUAAAUGUUUUAUGUAUAUUUUCUAAAUUAACAAGUUUGUUGCAACCACCAUUCAAGUGUUCAACUAUGUGCCUUGUAACUUGUAAGCUAAGAAUAUCUUUUCUAAGUUUUCUUGUAUAAAAUUUUCAGAUAUUUUGGGUA